CCCGAGCGAGCAGACCAGCUCCGUAGCCAGCUUCCAGGCUCCGAGCGCGCCUCUCAGCAUCCCGACUCCGAGCGCGCCUCUCAGCAUCCCGAUCCCGAGCGCGCCUCUCAGCAUCCCGACUCCGAGCGCGCAUCCCAGCAUCCCAGUCUCGAGCGCGCAUCCCCGCGUCCAGGCACCGAGCGCGCAUCCCGGCGUCCAGACUCCGAGCGCACAGCCCCGCGGCCAGCGUCCCGAGACCCCGCACAGCAGCAUGGAGCACCCACAGUCCGACAGCAUGCGCCAGGACCUGUCGGAGGCCAUGAAGGAGGCCACCAAGGAGGUGCACGUCCAGGCAGAGAACGCGGAAUUCAUGAAGAACUUCCAGAAGGGCCAAGUCAGCCCCAGGGGCUUUAAGCUGGUGAUGGCCUCGCUGUACCACAUCUACGAGGCCCUGGAGGAGGAGAUCGAGCGCAACAAGGACCACCCCGCCUUCAAGCCCCUCUACUUCCCCGAGGAGCUGCACCGCGGCCCUGCCCUGCGGCGCACCCUGGCCUUCUGGUACGGCCCCAACUGGCGAGAGGCCGUGGCCCCCUCCCCGGCCACCCGGCGCUAUGUGCGUCGCCUGCACGAGGUGGGGCGCCGGGAGCCUGAGCUGCUGGUGGCCCACGCCUACACGCGCUACCUGGGUGACCUGUCCGGGGGCCAGACCCUGCGCAAGAUCGCGCAGAAGGCGCUGGACCUGCCGGGCGACAGCGACGGCCUGGCCUUCUUCGCCUUCCCCAACAUCGACAGCGCCACCAAGUUCAAGCAACUCUACCGCGCCCGCAUGAAUACGCUGGACAUGGGCCCGGACGUCCGGCGGCGGGUCCUGGACGAGGCCAAGGCGGCCUUCCUGCUUAACAUCCAGGUGUUUGACGACCUGCAGGAACUGCAGAGCCAGGACGCCGAGGACCAGGGACCAACACAGGCGCCGGGGCUGCGUCGGCGGGCCGGCAGCGGGGGGCCAGGCUCCGCCCCCUCGGACACCCCCAAGGGGAAGUCGCCCCUCAGCCUCUCCCAGACGCCGCUCGUCCGCUGGGUCCUGACACUCGGCUUCCUGGUGGCCACGGUGGCCGCCGUGGGGCUCUACGCCUUGUGAGGGACACGCUCCUGCCGCUGACUCUUGCCCACCCCAGACCACCAGAGAGGGGGAGUCUCCUGGGACCCUUGGGGAGCUGAACCCCUCCCCCACCAGCCUCUCCACGCUCCGUCUCUCUGAAAAGGAAGCAGCGUCUUCACAUAUGGCCAGCAACAUGGACUUGUGGGACAGGAGUUCUUCCUGCCCCUACACACAAUCACACACACACACACGCACACACAUACACACAUGCUUACACACACAUGUUCACAUGCUUGCGCACAGACACACACACACUUAACACACUCAUUCCUGCAGCAGAGCCCAGAAGACUCCGGCCCGCGGUAGCAUCUCUUGAACCUCUAGACUUUGUGGGGUCUCCCUGACCUGACCUCUGCCUUGAACCGUCCGUGGGCCAUGCCCAUUUUUAUAUAAACCUGCAUCGAUGUUGUGUCUCCGUCUUGUUUUUGUGGAAGCCCUUUUGGAUUAUCAGUUUAGCCUAAGCUGGUAUUUCCUUGUUUUGUUACUUUUUUUAUAGGGGGGUGGUUUGGGGGG